UCAUCAUUCCUCCUCAGCAUCCCUACCCAGCUACCCAGCUACCCUACUAGUACCUGAUCUCCCCCUCCCCCCUCCCCUCUCCUUAUCACUCACUCCUCAACUUAACUCACCCCAACUCACCCCAACUCAAUUAAUACCAAAUCAAUCAAUCAAUCACCACCAUGGCCCUCCCCUCCAAUGUGCACGUCUCCUCCCACCCCCUCCUCCAAGCCAAACUCUCCCAGCUCCGAUCCGCUUCGACCUCCACCCGCGAGACCCGGACUCUCGUGCACGAGAUUGCGACCAUCCUAGGCGUGGAGGCAUUUGCCGCAGGCUGGAAGACCAAGACCUCGGGGACUAAUGGACAAACAGGAUACUACCCCCUCGGCACCGAAUACGAAACCAAAGAUAUCGAUCCUGCUGAUAUCGCUCUCGUACCGAUUCUUCGUUCCGGGUUGGGUAUGAUCGAGGCAAUAAACUCCCUCCUCCCCACCUCCAUCCCAAUCUACCACCUCGGACUCUUCCGCGAACGUCUCACCCUCCAACCAGUCGAAUACUACAACAACCUGCCCUUUCAACCAGAUCCAUCCACAUCCGUUAACACCGCUGCCGCUUCCACUGCUAUUCUUCUCGACCCGGUGAUUGCCACGGGCGCGACGGCGGAAGCUGCUAUCCAGUUGUUGAGGGAAUGGGGUGUGAAGCGUGUGGUUAUGUUGAGUGUGUUGGGGUCUGAGGCCGGACUGUUUAGGGCUGCGGGGACGUGGCCCGAGGGAGUGGAGGUUUGGACGGGGGCUGUGGAUGAGAGGUGUAAUGAUAGGGGGAUGAUUGUGCCUGGGUUGGGGGAUAUUGGGGAUAGGUUGUUUGUUGCGAUUGGGAAGUAAUUAGGGGAUUUUUGGUGAAGGGGGUUAGUUGGAGGAGUGAUGUGGGAUGAAUUGAGGUGAGAUUAAAUGAGUUGAGAUAUUGAUUGUUUCGUUCAGUUCAGUUCAGAUAGACACAAGCAGAUCAGUAGGGAAGUAAAUGAGUAUAAGAAGACAGAACCAGACAGCUUAGCUUAGCUCAACUCAACGCCCAU